CCGAACUGAGACGGGGCUCCACUACGAGGGGAGGCCUUAAAACCGCCGCCUUUGGCACGCGAGGCGGUAGCGGCAGCGGCAGCUUCUGGCUCCGCCCCGCCGGGGAGAGGUGCGGCCAGUGGCCGAGGGAGGCGAUUGUUCACUGCUCUGUCGCUGCCUCGCUGUGCGUUCCGGGCUCGGGGAAUCGGAGGUGAGGAGCCGAGGAGCCGAGAGCCCUUGGGGCCGGCCCCGGCUCUCGAACAGAGGCUCUCUCGUGUCUUCGAGUUUCCCUGGGGGCUUCUAGUUUGCGUGUGUGGAUUAACUGCCCUGGGGCGUGCUGAGCAAUGGCGUUUUGGUAGGCUGGGGUUCUAAGUUUGGAAUUAAAUAAAGACAGAGAUGUGGAAAGAAUACAUGGGAGUGGUGUCAACACCCUUGAUAUUGAGCCGGUUGAGGGAAGAUACAUGUUAUCUGGUGGAUCAGAUGGUGUUAUUGUACUCUAUGACCUUGAAAACUUGAGCAGAAAAACAAGUUACACAUGUAAAGCACUUUGUUCUGUGGGAAGGAGCCAUCCUGAUGUUCAUAGAUUCAGUGUGGAGACAGUCCAGUGGUAUCCUCAUGACACCGGCAUGUUUACAUCCAGCUCAUUUGACAAAACCUUGAAAAUAUGGGAUACAAAUACUUUACAACCUGCAGAUGUAUUUCACUUCGAGGGAACAGUUUAUAGCCAUCAUAUGUCUCCAGUUGCUACAAAGCAUUGUUUAAUAGCAGUUGGUACCAGAAGCCCCAAAGUACAGCUCUGUGACUUGAAGUCUGGAUCCUGUUCUCACAUUCUGCAGGGUCACAGGCAAGAAGUACUAGCCGUGUCAUGGUCCCCACGUCAUGAAUAUGUUUUGGCAACAGCAAGUGCUGACAGUAGAGUAAAUCUAUGGGAUGUGAGGAGAGCAUCUGGAUGUCUGACCACACUUGAUCAGCACAAUGGAGAAAAGUCCAAAGCAUCUUCUGAGGCAGCAAACACUGCUCACAAUGGGAGAGUUAAUGGUUUAUGCUAUACGAAUGAUGGACUUCAUCUGUUGACUGUUGGCACAGAUGAUCGGAUGCGACUCUGGAAUAGCUCCACUGGAGAAAACACAUUAGUGAAUUAUGGAAAAGUCUGUAAUGAAAGUAGAAAAGGACUCAAAUUUGCUGUCUCUUGUGGCUGUAAUCCAGAGUUUGCCUUUGUACCAUAUGGUAGUACCAUUGCUAUUUAUACAAUUUUUACAGGAGAACUGAUAACUAUGCUCAGAGGACAUUAUAGUAAUAUUGACUGCUGCGUAUUUCAACCUAAUUUUCAGGAACUUUAUAGUGGUAGCAAAGACUGCAAUAUCCUUGCCUGGAUACCAUCUCUUCGAGAUCCAGUUCCUGAUGACAUUUCUGAAAAGUCUCCAUCUCAACAGCCUUUAAAUCCAGCAUAUGAAGAUGCAUGGAGCAGCAGUGAUGAGGAAGGUUGAAUUUCAAUUGUGUUGAUGUAAAAUUGACAUUCAGACACUGCGUUAAUGGACUUCAUCUACAAAAUUGGAUACUCUCAACUUUAUUCUGACUGGAUUUUUGGUAUAGUUCUGUUCAUGCAAAAUCUUUCAGAUAAAAGUUUUCACUGUUCUCUGUGUUCUUUCUUCUAUGUUAUACUUAGAAGUAAAGGAUUACUUCUUCACCCUUACUGACUUUUAUCCUUACCCUUAUGCAUAGGUGUACUUUAUUCAGUUUCAGACAGUUGAUAAAGGAAAAAUAAAAGCCUUUGGGACCAGUUAAUGUUUCAUUGUUUCUAGUGUCACUAAGACAUAAGGAGAAUAACCC